UUUUUGUAGCGAACGAGACUUGCAAACAUUAAUACCAAAGAAAUGUUUAUUUCAAAGACUGGGUGGCUUUUUGCGAAUGUCUUCAACCUGAGUGGUUUGUGGAGAAUGAUAUUUUAUUUUGAAGGGAUUACACGGGAAGUCUUUGUGUUGCCGGUAGCGGAACACCGCCGUCAUGUGUAUACGUCAUCGUAUAGUUAGCAAUGGCUGUCUGCUGCUAAAUGUGAACGGUCCGGUUUUUGUACAGGUUGUUCGUCUUUCUCUGAAUUAAUGAACAGGACACAACUGAAGCGGUCUAGUAUUUUGCGGAUGGCCAUGGCUGAAUCGGAAAUGAUAUACCAGGACGGAGAAUCUUUUAUACUCCGAGCUGUCAGAAUAGCAGCGGUGGUUGCAUUGUAUUGGUUUGUUUCAAUAACAAUGGUGUUCCUUAAUAGUUAUCUACUGGACAACAGAGAGUUGAACGCGCCGUUGUUUGUCACUUUUUACCAGUGUGUCGUGACUGUUGGCCUGUGCUUGCUCAUGCAGGUACUGUCUAAACUGUGCCCGUGGAUCAUCGACUUCCCGUUGGUCAGUUUUGACGUGAAGACAUCCCGGGAGGUCCUGCCUCUGUCUCUUGUGUUCAUCGGCAUGAUCACCUUCAACAACCUGUGUCUGAAAUAUCUCGGAGUGGCUUUCUACACGGUCGGUCGUUCACUCAGCACAGUUUUCAAUGUGCUGUUAUCGUACGUUAUCUUGAAACAAACUACAUCUUUGCAAGCCCUGCUUUGCUGUGGGAUCAUACUAGGUGGAUUCUGGCUUGGUGUGGACCAGGAAGGCCUGGCAGGGUCCCUCUCCUGGUCAGGUGUCUUUUUUGGGGUACUGGCCAGCGCUUGUGUCUCUCUGAAUGCCAUCUACACCAAGAAGGUGAUGCCAGCAGUGGACGGAAACAUCUGGAAGCUGUCCUACUAUAACAAUAUCAAUGCCUGCGUCCUCUUCCUCCCGCUCAUUCUUUUGUCUGGAGAGUUGGGCCAUGUCGCCUCCUUCAGCCAUCUCACUGAUCUCAGGUUUUGGAGUAUGAUGACACUCGGGGGAGUAUUUGGUUUCGCCAUCGGCUAUGUCACAGGUCUCCAGAUCAAGUAUACCAGUCCUCUCACACACAACGUCUCAGGGACAGCAAAAGCCUGUGUGCAGACUGUUAUUGCAGUUGUGUACAACUCUUCCAGUAAAAGCUUCCUAUGGUGGACCAGUAAUAUGAUGGUUCUUUGUGGCUCGUCAGCCUAUACUUGGGUCAAAGGUUUAGAGAUGAAGAAAACGCCUAGCAAAGACCCUCAGGACUCAGCCAAGGAAAAACUCCUUCCAGAAGAGAAGGUCAACAUGUGAUUGUAACCACUGUCUGGUGUAACCAUACACUGAAAAACCAGCAGCGUGGGAGAAUGUGAGAUCAUGUAACAUUUAGAGCAUGACUGAUAAGUGACUAAAGUAAUACAUACACAGAUUCAGAGAUUUUGAUUAUGGUUUUUAUGGGGUUUGGUAUAAGGUCUGAAGAAAUUUGUGUAUGAAUAUAUAUAUAUAUGUAUUUCUAUUUAAGCUAGUCACUUUCUUUCGGGGCCUUUUUUACAACAGUUUUUUAAGUAAAUCACUGAGAAAUUUAACAUUGUAUGUUUUAUCAUGUACUCUAAGAGAAGGAAGAAUGGAAGAUGAAGUUUUUUAUUUACAGGGAGGGCAUCAGAUAAUUAUUUUUAUUAGGUUGAGGGUAUUGGUGUCAUGGGCAGAUAGAAAACUUUCUAUGCCUAUUGUUUUAUUCCACUUGUAAUUUUUGUCUUGAGUUGCUGACAUUUUGAUGAAUGUUGCCACUAUCAUGGGGUAGCCUAUGUCUGUUGUCCUGAACUGCUGUAUGUUUUUCUGUAACAUCCUGUAGUUUAUGGCGGAUAACGCAGACAACGUAACUAGCAACUUCUUGUCAGUGGGGUCUGACACACAGUCAGCCUUUUAUCUCCAAAGGAACCAAUCCUUUAGCCUUUUGAAUUGUUGCAGUCACAAACUUGUACCUUGUUUGCUACAGCCCAAUAUGCUUGUGAGCAGAGUCAAACAUUAAAUUGCACAACAUGAAAUAAGGUGAAAGUACACUAUAUUUGCAUAUUAACACAAAAAUGAGCCAGAGCUUUGUUAGGAUAUUUCUAAACAGGUUUCAUGUUUGACAUGUGGUUCUUAAUGUUUGAAGCAGGACUUAACUGUGUCAGUAGCUUCACACGUCAGCAGUGUGUACUUUGUCUUUCACUCUUAACUUGCAGGUUAUGAUCAGGCAGGUACCGCUGUACUAGUCUCAAAAUGUCUCUGUAAACAGUCGUCUUUAUCCUGCAUUCAACAGACAGGGAGCUUAUUUAAAAGACAACAUUAAAGAUAGUGUACAAUUAAACUAAGUUUUCAUUUUACAUGGGGAAAGUGUACUUUAUGGCAUCACUGUUAAGUAAUAUUGAAGGAUUUAGAUGUAAUAUUUUUAUUUUAAAAAAUU